AGAAAGUCCGAGAGAAACUGUCGGCCUCGGCCCUCGGCCCUCGGCGCAUGAGCAGACCGUGAAGUGGAGGCGCUUUCCGAGCGCACGUAUGAGGUUCCGGUCGUCUGACCGGGCGACGGGCGACGGGGUCGGCCUGCGGGUGAGGCGAGUGAGGUGAACGACGAGGGAGGGACGGGGAAGGGGAAGGCGAAGGGCGAGGAGGCGCCGUGCAGUGCCAGUGGCAGAGAUUGUGGAGUGUGGAGUGUGGAGCUGAUCGAUUCCUCGAGUGUGGUGAGCGCGCUCGAGAGCGAGCUUGCUGUGUCGAAGAUUUGUGCACAAGGCCGGGACACGGGGUUUACGUGGGAGUGCGCUGGGUUGCCUUCUAUGGCUGUGGAGUGACAAUUCUUUGUUGGGAAUUCGCGCGGUGGCCGAGAGGGAGGUUUAGAGAGUAGAACGCAAUGGCGAUCAGCAUGGCGGCUCGAGUGCUAGUGCCCGUGGGAGCAUCCAAUGCGUUGAUCUCGGUAAAGAAUACGGCCGCGGCUGCAGUCGACGCCGUGGAGUUUGGCGCGAUGUUUUCGAGAGGAGCUGCUGCUGUUCCUUUUAGUUCGUCAUCGUCUUUGCGUAGAAAGAGUGCGUUUUUAGGAUGCGAGGUGAAACUGUCGUCUGUUGGAGCUGUAAAUGUCAGCCACCAAAGGGCGGUGCAGGCCGGGAAAGUGACCGCCUCUGCGUCUGAGAUGUUGAGACCUAACGUAGCUAAGGAGAAUGGCAAACCUGAUCUGAGUGUGAUUGACGAUGAACCAGCCGCUUGCACAGAGGGUUAUUUCACCAGUGAUGUGGAGGGCGACCCAGAUCGUCCAACUGAGGGUUUAUCGUCAAUUAUGGAGGCCAUAGAGGCUAUUAAACAAGGAAAGUUUGUCGUGGUAGUCGACGAUGAAGACAGGGAAAACGAAGGUGAUUUAAUUAUGGCAGGUUCUUUGAUGACGCCGGAAGCCAUGACUUUCAUGGUGAAUUAUUGUACGGGAAUAGUCUGCGUGGGUAUGCCUGGAGAGGCACUUGAUCGUCUAGACCUUCCUCUGAUGGUGCGAAGCCAAGACAACGAAGAGGCGAUGUUGACUGCAUUCACCGUAUCAGUGGAUGCGAAAGUAGGAACAACGACAGGGGUUUCGGCGAUGGAUAGGACGGCAACUGUCUUGGCCCUCGCUUCACCAGACACGAAACCAGCAGACUUAAAACGUCCCGGUCAUAUUUUCCCCUUGCGUGGGCGAAAAGGCGGGGUACUGAAGAGGGCUGGUCACACCGAAGCUGCUAUAGACUUGUGCGAAUUGUCUGGACUACCACCUGCUGGUGUUCUUUGUGAACUUGUCAACCCAGGUGACGGAACGAUGUCCCGGGUGCCUGAACUCAAGAAAUUUGCUGCCAAACAUAACCUACCUAUUGUCUCGAUCGCCGAUCUUGUCAGGUACAAGCGGAAACGGGACAAAUUGAUCGUGCGAACUGCAGUGGCAAGGCUCCCCACCAAAUGGGGUGCUUUCCAGGCCUAUAGCUACACUUCUCAGUUAGAUGGAAUUGAACACGUAGCUAUGGUCAAGGGUGAUAUUGGGGACGGACUAGAUGUGCUUGUGAGGGUGCAUUCAGAGUGUUUGACUGGAGACAUCUUUGGAUCAGCUCGUUGUGAUUGUGGCAACCAGCUCGAAGAAGCCAUGCGGAACAUCGAGCGAGAGGGAAGAGGAGUUUUAGUUUACCUGCGCGGUCAUGAGGGAAGAGGUAUUGGAUUGGGCCACAAAUUACAAGCCUACAAUCUGCAAGAUGCCGGUCGGGAUACUGUCGAAGCUAACCAGGAUCUAGGUCUACCUGUUGAUUCCCGAGAAUACGGAAUUGGUGCACAGAUGCUCAGAGAUGUUGGAGUGAGAACAAUGAAGUUGAUGACAAACAACCCAUCGAAAUUUAUGGGUUUAAAAGGAUACGGAUUGUCCAUCAACCGAAGGGUACCGGUCCUAUCUCUCAUCACGAAAGAAAAUAAACGAUACCUUGAGACAAAACAGUCGAAGAUGGGACAUGUUUAUGCCUCAGACCUUCCGGGACAGAACUUAGCCGAUAAUAUUAGUCCCGCAAAUGCAGAAAUUUCCCAAUAGAUUCAGUGAGGGUUUCUAACACGAAACCGAUUCAAAGUAGAGUAAAGUUGUUCGAGCUAACUGAUCAAAUGUUUUCAACAUUCUUUGACUUGAGUUUGAUCCAGCUGUGGCAAGGACGCGGUAAAUCUUAGCGACUUCAAACACGACUGGCCUGAUCCCUCAAGUAUGAUUCUUCAUUUAGAAUCACAGAAUUUUUGAUGUGGGUACUCACGUGAAGACCGUCAUGUGCCCUCCAAUGCCUGACCUGGCCACACGAUUUAGUUAGUACAUUGUGAACGGCAGGCACCUUACUCUGUAACCAUAAUCUCCUUCCUGUUAUUCUUAGCUUCAACAUUCUGUAGGUGACUGCAACAGUUCACUCCUCCAAUUGUCAACUGAACGCAGUCGCGAAAAUGAGUCGCUGGAUGUAUCCAUCCAAGGGGAAGACCACUGUAGAAUACAGUCUGCAUUUUUUUUUAUCAAUAAAAAAGAUGUCUCGCAUACU